AUGCGCCGAGCAGAGUUCAUAGCAGACGACAUCAACAACAAGAACCAGAUGUCCAUACCUUACAUCAUCGAGCCGACUUUGAAGCCCUCGUCAAACCAGUUGACAUCAGGCUGGCCCCCAACACUCACAAAACACAGGGGCACGAGGCCUGAAUUAAAAACCAUCAGGAAGAGGUUGCACACCGUUGUUCCCAUGCGUAUGACCCAAACCGACCGGCGAGCUCACGGCUGCAGUACUGACUGCCACGUGUGCAACGGCCUGCUGAACGGCGAUUCGGCCAUCGUGAGGGUUGACGUCAACCUGACGUGCACCCCCAACAACAUGGAGAGAUCCAACAACGAGUACGUGAAUGGCUACGACUCUAGUAAGCCCACCACCUACAUCCUCUACCUCGACGCCAACAACCUGUACGGCUGGGCCAUGAUCCAGGAUCUACCCACGGGGGAUUCGAAGAAACAGAAUCCGACACAAGCGUAUACUGAGUUGAACACUUCUCUCCUCGAUGCCUGCAUGGUUGGAGAUGUGGUUCGAGUCAGGAAUAUUUUGUCUUAUGGCCAGGCAAAUAUUAACUCAAGAGGGAAUACCAGAAUGACACCGGUGAUGCAUGCAGCUUAUGGGGGACAUGAAGAAGUGUUUGACUUACUUGUCAGGGAAGGUGCAAAACUGUCCUUAUUUAAUAAUGCAGGGGAGAACAUUCUUCAUCUAGCUUGUAUUGGGGGAAGUGUUGAAAUCGUCAAGUAUGUCCUCACACAGAACAUUGUGGGCAUCAACAGUCAAGAUGUCGACGGAUGGACCCCAGUAAUGCAAGCAGCCAAAGAUGGACAUAAGGAUGUGUUUGACGUUCUAGUGGAGGCAGGAGCAGAUCUUACACAAGUAAGAAGGAACAAAGAAACCAUCCUUCAUUUGGCUUCUGGAGGCGGUAAUGUUGAGAUAAUCAAACACCUCCUUUCACAUGUCAGCGUGGAUAUCGACAGUCGAGAUGUGGACUUUUGGACACCAGUAAUGCAUGCGGUCCAUGCUGGAGAUAUGGAUGUGUUUAACUUUCUUGUUGAAAAAGGGGCAGAUCUAUCCAAAGUUGGCAUUGAGAAAAAAAACAUCCUUCACGUAGCCUGUGCAGGAGAAAAUGUUGAAAUAAUCAAGAACCUUCUGAAACAUGACAUUGUGGACAUCGACAGUCGUGAUAAGGACGGAUUGACGCCAGUAAUGUAUACAGCAAAGGACGGGUGUAAAGAUGUGUUUGACGUACUUGUGAAAUGGGGAGCUGAUCUGUCACUACUGGAUGAUGAUAACGACAACAUCCUCCAUUUGGCCUGUGGUGGAAACAGUAUUGAGAUCGUUAAGUACCUCCUCAAACACAACAUUGUGGAUAUCAACAGUCGGGAUAGGAAAGAAUAUACGCCUGCAAUGAUUGCAGCAUGUGAGGGACAUGAGGCUGUAUUCUUCUUACUUGUUGAUCAUGAGGCUGAUCUAACAAUUAUGAAUGAUGUUGGUGAUAACAUCCUAGAUAUAGCUUGUAAAGGAGGAAAUGUACAUAUUGUGAAGUAUGUUUCUACUCGGUUCAUUUUUGAGGGGCCGUACAGGGAGGACGAUCCAUGUUGA